AUGAUGCAUCGUUUUGGUGAUAUUGAUGUUUCAUUCAAACGACUUCCACCUAUUUAUGGUUAUCGAAGUGAAAAACUUGUUUCAGUUGAAAAAGCACUUGAACCCAUCGAAUCUCAAAUCAAUGAAUUACAAUAUUAUAUAAAAAUAGCUAAAAAACAUUGUCAUUUUCCAUCAGAACGUGGACUCACAAGAGAUCAAUCAGCUGCUGUUUAUAUUUAUACAAUGGAAUGGGGUGAAACCACUUUGUAUCGUGUAUUAAAUAUAGCAUUACGAUCAGAAAAUCGACAAGCAUUAAAAAUAUGGUUUGCAUAUUUAAAAUUAUUUGACAGUGCAUUAGAUAAAUUACCCACUGUCAAGGAAAUUUUAUGGCGAGGUGUUCCUCUUGAUAUUGGCAAGAAUUUUACCAAAAAUGAACUUAUGACAUGGUGGAGUAUUAAUUCAAGUUCGUCAUCAGUUGAUGUUAUCAAAGAUUUCCUCGAAUAUGAAAAUGAAGAUGAAAUUAUUUUACGAAUGGGUACACAAUUUCGUGUUAAAAGCAACGCUUUAGAACAAUCAAAUGGUUCACAUAUUGUACAUUUAGUUGAAAUCGAUGAUGAUAAUGAUGAACUAUUAGCAUCAACUAUGAAUGAAAUGCAUGUCACUACAAAACCAUCAAAUGAAGGUGCUUCUGAACAACCAAUUCUUUUCAAUCAUAUUAAUAUCAAAACCAAAUGGAAACGACAUGGAAUUACUAUUGCUGGAGGUAAUGGAUGGAGCAAUCAAUUGAAUCAAGUCUUUUGUCCUCAAAGUAUCUAUGUUGAUCAUGAUCAUCAAACUAAUUAUAUUGCUGAUUAUCGUAAUCACCGUAUUGUUGAAUGGAAAUAUGGAGCAAAAAAUGCUCAAGUUGUUGCAGGUGGACGUAAAUGUGGAGAUCGAAGUGAUCAGUUGCUUUAUCCAAUAGACGUGAUUGUUGAUAAAAAGAAUGAUUCUCUCGUCAUUUGUGAUGGUGGAAACAGAAGAGUGGUACGAUGGUCUCGUCAAAAUGGUAAAAAUGGAGAAACAAUCAUUCCUGACAUUAACUGCCGAAGUUUAAGAAUGGAUAAGAAUGAAAAUCUUUAUGUCUCUGAUUGCAAGAAGAAUGAAGUGAAACGAUGGAAACAAGGAGAGACAGAAGGAACAAUAGUAGCUGGUGGAAAUGGACAAGGAAAUCGCCUUAAUCAACUCGAUUAUCCUACUUAUAUCUUCAUUGAUGAAGAUCAUUCAAUUUAUGUAUCGGAUCAUGGGAAUCAUCGUGUGAUGAAAUGGGCGAAAGGUGCAAAAGAAGGUAUUGUUGUUGCUGGUGGAAAAGGUCACGGAAAUAGUUUGACACAAUUGUCUAAUCCUGAAGGAGUGAUUGUCGAUCAUUUGGGUAAUGUUUAUGUGGCUGAUACUUUCAAUCAUCGAAUAAUGCGUUGGUGUGGAGGAUCGAAGGAAGGUAGUAUUGUUGUUGGUGGAAAUGGAUGUGGAGAUGAACUAAAUCAGUUCAAUCGUCCCACAGGUUUAUCAUUUGAUGUUCAAGGUAAUCUUUAUGUAGUUGAUUGUUUCAAUAAUCGAAUACAAAAAUUUGAUAUUGAUUUGAAUUGA